AGGGAUUGAGUCUUAGGUUGGUGAGUAUUUUAACACCGAUACUCUUGUUUCUACUAUUUCAUUUCCGUAUUGUUCAUACCAUUCCAAGGUAAUUCACUCAAACACAGUAAUGGUUUUGCAGGAAGAAGGGUGGCCUUUGGGUUUGAGACUAUUGAAUGCAAGAAUUGGGUUAGCAGGAAAUGGUGAUUUCUCUGGUUCAGUUUCCUUCAGCACCAUUCUCACCGCUUCUCCCACCCCUUCAACUCAUUCUUCAUCAGAUCUUGACACACAGUCCACUGCAUCAUUCUUCCGUGACAAGAGCAUCACGCUUGGCAGCCUCAUGGGAAUUUCUAGGUUUUUAGAAGUCUCAAGGAGAUCAAGCAAGGGAAGAUUGGUGCAACCCUCAAAGAACAACGAAAAUAAUCACAAGCUGAGGCCUUGGUUGUUCUCACUUUGUUCAAAGCUAACUACUGAUGCAGUGAGCGUGAGUGCUGCUGCUCCCUCACUUGGUAACAAUCUUCUGUCAGAAAGAAAAGCUGCAAAUCAUAGAAGGAAUAAUCAUUGUUCAACCAUUUAUGGACAUAAUGACUUGUUCCCAGUUCAAGAGUCGAAAUCGCCAUUUGUUGGUCGCCACGUUGCUCAUAAAGCGUUGGAGCAAAGCAACGGAUAUGGAACAGCAGUAACUCUGUGUUGUCUGUGCAGAUAAAUCGAUGCAUGAUGACCCUUUUGCUUCUCACUUUCUUCAUAUUUCGUUCCAUGGAUCUUGGAUUUCUUUAUUUGUUGCUUCAUAAUCUCAAACUUUUAUCAUAUGUUUUGUUUGGUCACUAAGUUACAAGUAGUUGGAAUAAUUUA